UUUUUGCCCGCCUGAUCAAUGUAAUUUUUUGCCAACACGUUCGUCACUCGUUUUAAAGUGCCAGUGGCAGAAACAUUAUACAGAUUUCCUUGUAAAAUUGCACAGCAAUUCCAUCAGCACCCGGAGCCCUGCAAAGCCCACAUAACACACUAUAUAGAUUCGCAUAAAUUGCAUUCCGUAUAAUAAAACUAAAGACAAAAUCAUGUUCGAGGCACGCCUGGGUCAAGCUACCAUUCUGAAGAAGAUUCUCGACGCCAUCAAGGAUUUGCUUAACGAGGCCACCUUCGACUGCAGUGAUUCGGGAAUUCAGCUGCAAGCCAUGGACAACUCUCAUGUGUCUUUGGUGUCGCUGACGCUGCGAUCCGAUGGAUUCGACAAGUUCCGUUGUGAUCGCAAUCUUUCUAUGGGCAUGAAUCUGGGGAGCAUGGCCAAAAUUCUGAAGUGUGCCAACAACGAGGACAACGUGACAAUGAAAGCGCAGGACAAUGCGGACACAGUUACCAUCAUGUUCGAGUCAGCUAAUCAGGAGAAGGUCUCCGACUAUGAGAUGAAACUAAUGAAUCUCGAUCAGGAGCAUUUGGGUAUACCGGAAACGGACUUUUCUUGUGUGGUCCGUAUGCCGGCCAUGGAGUUUGCUCGCAUUUGCCGUGACUUGUCCCAGUUCAGCGAGUCUGUAGUUAUUUGCUGCACCAAAGAGGGCGUCAAAUUCUCGGCCAGCGGUGAUGUGGGUACUGCUAACAUUAAGCUGGCCCAAACUGGCAAUGUGGACAAGGAGGAGGAGUCUGUCACCAUUGAAAUGCAGGAGCCAGUGACGCUUACGUUCGCUUGUCGCUACCUGAACGCCUUCACAAAAGCCACUCCAUUGUCCACCCAAGUGCAGCUGUCGAUGUGUGCAGAUGUGCCGCUGGUAGUAGAGUAUGCAAUCAAAGAUCUGGGCCACAUACGCUACUACCUGGCGCCCAAGAUCGAAGACAACGAGACAUAAGGCGGCACGAGACUGUCUCCUCUCAUAUUUAUAUCACUUAUUGAAUCAUCCUCCCACGUACAACCUAACGUUUAAGAAUCAACAAAACCGCAUCUUUUCCUCAAUAAAAACAUACUUGUAAUAAUGUU